GCAGCUUAAUUUCUGUGAUUGACCUAAAUGUCAACAUGCUGUAAAAUGACUGAAAGAAACUAGCUUCUUUGUGUUUCAUUUUUUCCCCCCAAUGUUUUGCAUAUUUUACUAUUUUUGGUUUAGUCAGUUUGGGCUACCGUUAUGGCAAUAGGGCGAAUGAAACCACAUUUUGAUUGUUGUACUUUUGUCUUCCAGCAGGUGAAACUGGUAAACCAGGGCGCGGUCUGGCCAAGGUGCGCCAGCCCUCCUCCAGGUUCCUCCCUCAGUCCCUCGCCUGCCUACCAGCCCUGCCCGACUCGACUCCGUCAGCCCCCUUGUCGCGAGAGCCUCGGAACCUCGGUAGCGAUGGCCGGCGCCCUGCCGCUCAAAUCGGCCCUGUCCGUCGCCGCGGUGGACGACACCUCUCUGGCCCUGCCCUCGAGCCACCAGCGGCACCGCUCCGGAGAGCAGCGUGUCCUGGAGCAGGUGCAGAGCCUGCAGAGGACCAGGUCCAGGCACUCUAGCAGCAGCAGGACUGGCUCGACCUCCUUGACUCCCACCAGCCCUUUGAAUGACGUAGUUUACGAGUCCAGCGUCUCUAAUGAAAAUGUGUUCUUUGGAAAUGAUUACCCAAAAACUCUCCCUCUCGAGAAAAGCAUCAACCGCCAGUCAUUCAACAGCACGGCGAGCGCCGCAGCCAAGACCACUAACACCAUCGGGCGUCGCUACGAGUACGGCUACGCCCCCGUCGGCUGGGCGGCCCCCAACCGCGACGUGGCCGACCAAGGCUGGCGGCGCUCCCUGGUCGAACGCCACCAGCCUCCGCAGAGGUUCCUCUCCAAACGCAGCACCUACAGGACGGAGAUGCUCAGCAGUAGUAACAACUUCACGAGCAACACUCAACACUUUGUCAGCACGCCGCUUGACAUCAGCAAAACGCAAUCCAAGCCUUUGGCUGUGGAUAGUAACACCAAGCAAAGCAAGCUGCCCGGCAAAGUGGAUUCUAGGUCGAGCGGAAACAGCGCGUUGGCUGACAUCACCAUGAAGGAGGCCGUGGAGUUCCUGUCCAACGAGGACGUGAAAUACCAACACUGCGGAGCCUCCUAUAUCCAACACAUGACCUUCAGUGACGACAAGGCCAAGGAAGAGGUGCUGAAGCACAACGGCAUCGCUCCGCUGGUGGCGCUGCUGCAGAGCCCCAACGUGGCCCUCAGCCAGACGGCCUCGGCCGCCCUGCGUAACCUCUCCUUCAAGAACAACGACAACAAGAAGGAGAUCCAGCGUUGUGGCGGAAUCGCGUCUGCCGUGGCGCUGCUCCAAGAAACCGACUCCGCUGAGAUCCAGAAGCAGCUCACAGGUCUUCUGUGGAAUUUGUCAUCCGCCAACAGCCUGAAGACGGACCUGCUGAAGAGCUCGCUGCCCAUCCUGAUGGAGCGCGUCGUGCUGCCUUACAGCACGAGCCCAGACCAGGGCACAGCCAGCGGCCCGGAUCACGAGUCCUUCUUUCACGCCACCGGCUGUCUGCGAAACCUCAGCAGCGCAAAGCACAGCAACCGGCAGACCAUGAGGAAAUGUCAAGGUUUGGUGGACUCUUUAGUCGCUUACCUUCAAGACUGCGUGGAUGCUGGCAGGACAGAUGAUAAGUGUGCGGAGAACUGCGCGUGCAUCCUGCACAACCUCACCUUUGAGCUGGAGGCAGAGGCCCCGGCGUUGUUCAACCGCAUCACGGCACUGGCCAAGCCUGUCGGCCCGGUGGAGAGUCAGGGCGACGCCGGGCCCAUCAGCUGCUUCAGUCCGCCCAGCAAAGGCUCCGACAGCAAGCGCUACUUCGACUUCCCAGUGGCGGAGGACCCCAGCCCUACUGGGGCCAGCUGGCUCCUCCACUCCAAAACCCUGCAGAACUAUUUGUCCUUACUAGACUCCAGUCAUCGGGAGGAAACCCAGGAAGCCUGCUGCGGAGCUCUGCAGAACCUCACUGCACAGGAUGGCAUCGUGUCCAACGUCAUGAGCCAGACGGUGGUGCAGAAGCUUGACGGCCUGCAGGUCAUCACUCCACUUUUGAAGUCAAACAAAGUCACCCUGCAGAGGAACGCGGUGGCCCUGUUACGGAACUUCAGCAAGAACCCCAACCUGCAGGGCAUCUUGGCUCGCAAGGUAUUGCCCGAGUUACUGGGCGUCCUGGGCGCGGGCACCAAGGAAGGCAACGAGUCGGACGACACGCUGGCCAUGGCGUGCCAGACGGCCAACUUCCUGGUAGCCAAGGAGCCCGAGAGCGGCAAGCGCCUGCUGAACGGCGGCUUAAUCAACUCGCUCAACGAGUUCAGCCAAAACAAAUAUUUCCCCAAAUCCAGCAAGGCAGCAUCUGCGUUUCUCUACCAGUUGUGGUCUGACAAGGACAUCCAAAGCCUCCUGAAGAAGCAAGGGAUGAACAAGUCGUCGUUUGUCAAUGACAUCACCGCGGCGGCCCACAAGUCGCUUCAAGUGAUCGACUAGCACGCGGGGCCCCACCCACACCGCGUGCGCUAACAACCUUUGUCAUUUUAUUUUGUGUUUUUUUAAACUCCCUAUGUAAUUGAAUUGGUGAGCAAUUGUUUUUUAAAGAAAGUGUCAAUAAAGUUUUAGAGGGGCGAAACAUGCUGUUAA